AUGAAUGUUUUGGAACAAUCAUUAAAAUAAAUAUAAGAAUUGUAUUUCAAAGGUCAAUAUAGAAAAGCAUAUGAAUAACUAUAGAAAUUAGGAAGUGAUUUGGAAACUUAUGAUUCAACAUUUUAAGUAUUUCAAAGACAAGGAUGUAAAAUAGAAUUAUUGGCUGCUUUUUAUACAGAAUAUGGUAGUGUUGCUUUGAAAUUAAGUUUAUUGGAUAUCUCGAAAGAAUGUGUGCAAUGUGCAUUAUAUCAUUUAAAAGAUUUUACAAAUAUGAAUUUAUUUAUAAUGAAUAUCCUAACAUAUUAGAGAAUCAAUUUUUGGUUAUCUCGGUAUAUAAUUUCCUUUUAUAUAGAUUAGAUAUAAUGAUUCCAUUUAUUUAUUAAAGAGACUCAUGAAUAUUGUACCUAAUUCUCUCAUUCAUUAUAAGAUUGAAAUCUUUAUUAAUAUUGCAAAUUCCUAAAGAGCUUGGUGUAUUUAUGAUGAAGCAGAAAAUUAUAUCAACUAAGCUGAAUAAUUAGCUAAUCUACUGAGUUAAUCUCAUUAGAAUGAUUUACUCAAAACCAACAUUUUAUUUCUUAAAGCUAGACUUUAUAUGGAUACAGAUAGAAGUAAAUAUGGAUUGGAUUUUGCAUUAGAGUAUGUAAAUAAAAUGUUAAUCAGUUGUUAGUUGUUUAUAAUAAAGAGAAAUGUUAUUACCACCUGAUCAUCCUGAUAUUGCUAUAGCUAUGGAACUUGUUGCCAAAAUCAAUUUUAUUUAGAAUAUAGUACAAGAAGCAUAAAAGUAUCAUGAUUAGGCAUAUAUGAUAAAGAUCAAGGUCUUUGGAUUACAUAAUUUUGAAACCAUUGAUUCUAUUAAUGAAAAGGGACGUCUUUUGCUUUCUUGUAAAAAGGUAUCUUUAUAAUUAAUAAAUAGGAAUAAUAAGCCAUGCAUUAUUUUUAAUUGAUUGGAGAAAUAAGUUAAGUAUUAUUAGGCCCUUAUAAUCAAUAUUAAGCACUUUCUUAUAAUAAUUUAGGUUGUGCUUUAUUUAAUAUUGGUAAAUAUGAAUCUUCUAUACAAUAUCAUUCUAAAGCAUUAUUGAUCUAUGAGAAAUUGUGUGGUUAACAACAUGCUAAAUUAGUAUUCUCAUUAAAUUAAAUGGCAAAUGCUAAUAAAUUACUUAAUAGACCAAAAGCAGCAUUUAUUAUAUGGAAGCGUUGUCAAACUAUUUUAGAGAAAAAUCCUUAAAUAAAUUCUAAAUAGUUAUCUUCUAUAAAGUCUAGUUUAUAAGGAUUGUCUAUACAAGAAGAAGAUUGA